AUGAAGAGAGAAAAAAUAAUAAGAGUUGAAGAGAAAUUGAGUUCAUUAAUUAAAAAAAUUGAGUCAACAAUACUAACUUAUACAUCAGCUGAAAUAGCAUCAGUCUUUGAUACACUCAAAACUGACAUCAGUAGAAAACUCAACUACUAUGAUCCCAAGAUUACUCAGUCUCCCAGUGAGAGUACCAAUACAAUUGAGUUUUCUAUAGACUUAACAACCCCUAUAUCUGAGUGGGGAGAGAUAAAAUCUGUCCAUCCAUCUUCUAGCAUCAUCAUUGGCACACAGAUAUCUCGAGCUAUAGCUAAUAAGAAAUGUACUGUUGUUCUAGAAACAAGAAACGAAAUAGAUGGUCAUUAUACUGUGAAAAAAGAAAAGAUCAAGGUGACAUUACUAGACAAAGAUAAGAGAGGUCAGAUAAUCAAUGGAACAGUACUGGACAAGGGUGCUGGCCAAUACGACUUGUCUUUUAUUCCACCCUCUUCUGGUACGUAUGAGCUUCAUGUAACUAUUGAUAAUGACCACAUCAAAAAUAGUCCAUUUACAUUGUGUGCUAGACCAUAUCGUGAUUAUCGUCAACUCCGAGAAUCUAUUAAUGAUUACAACUUUCUGUCAGAACCUCAUGGUAUAUGUGCUUUAUCUAAUGGAACAAUGUAUGUCACAUGUAGUAGUCAAGUGUUUAGAUUUUGGAAUGGCAGCAGAAAUAUUGCUCCUGUCAAUUUUCCUUUAAAACUGCACAACUGGGGUAUAGCAUGUAAAGAAAAUGUCAUAUACAUUGCUAACAGUGGUGAACAGAGCAUCAGUAAACGAACCAUUAAAGCUGGGCAAGGACAAGUAAUAAAACAAUUUGGACAUUUUGAGCAACCUAAAGGUGUCACAGUAGAUGAAGAAGGCAAGAUUUACGUUGCUGAUCGAAAUUGCAUCCAUAUUUUCGACUCAGAUGAGACCAAGUUAAAGACUAUAAAUUGUUGGACCAGUAUUGGAGGUAUUGCUAUAGAUCCCAGUGGUAAUAUACAUGGAACAGCUUAUAAUGGCUAUGUUGCAGUUUAUUCACAGUCCGCAGAAUAUCUUAGAGAGUAUGGUAGAGGGGAGGCUCAAGGAAUGAUGUUCAAACAAGUUGUUCAAGAACAGGAAAAUGUUCAUGACGAUAAGGAAAACACAAUCACCUCAUGUUCCACCAAAGCCAGCACCCAAACCAGCGCAAAAACCAGGUCCCAAGCCUGCUCCUAG